AUGGCUCCUAAGAAUCAACUCACAGCCAAAAUUCAAGCAAUGGCACUGCUCAAGCAACAGAUCCAGGAUAAUUGUGAUAUGUCUGGGCCUUCCCAAUACAGGAAUCUGGUCACUAAUACGACAUCUCCCUUCAGCGCCUUCGAGAAGGCAUACAAUGACUACUCGCGCAUGUGGAACAGUAAGUUCGCUGCGAAGAUCUUCGAGAUUCUGGCUUGCGAGCUGCGAGACAUGGUUUACUGUCACCUUAUCGGCGGUGUUUCAACGGCCCACAUUCUACCACGUUACAAAAUCUUGCCGGCGAACAGUCGUGGAGAGUAUUUCUUCCAUGUGGAACUCGGUGGCCGUCGUGGCCAGGCCCGCGGGCUUGACAAUGAGCUUCAACACUACUUCAUCGGAGGUUACAUGGGGAAUGAGUUUGCUAUGGAGAUCGCACAAGUCUUCAACCGACAUGCCUGUUACAACGUUCGUCAUAUCGAUGAUGUUGUUCCUCUACUUUACAGCGGCCCUUUGAUGAUUCAUCCAUCCUGUCGACCUCUCGACCACCUCCGAACGCUGUCGGUGUGUGUCUCUAUGGAACCAUACUUUACCUCCAACAACUAUCAACAAGCGGUUGUCCUGCAUAAACAGGCUGAGAGCAAAGCAAUGAAGGAUGACUACGAGAAACAAGUCAGUUGGCUUAGCGAUCUCGCGGCCACGAAGCAUGCAUCACGGCUCGCGAUUACCCUCUCCGUCGAGGCACGAACUUUGUCUGCCAUGAAGAGAUACAAGGCUGUUCUGCUCCCACAUAUCCAAGAACUUGUGAAAAAGAACUGCAAGGUGUUUGUUUCCUGGUGGAACAUAGACAGAUCUUCAUGGCGCAAAAUCGCCAAAGCUUUCGUAGGGGAUGUCUCUGGUGCGCAAGCAGAUGAAAAGAAGGUUGGGAUUGAGGAAGGCAGCGACAAUGGGGAUGGAUAUGAGAUCGUUUUCGGCAAUGUUGUCGGAUGA